GUGCGUGCGCUGUGAUUGGGUGGAUUUAAAAAAUACGCCGCGCGGGAAGCGGAAGCCCGGUCGCUGAGUGAGAGAGACACCGAAACUCCGGGGGGAAGAGAAACGGAGAGAAACACCGGGCGGAGAGAAAUAGAGAGAGGCGGCCGGUUCAACACUCCGAGAUGAUGAAACAAACCCGAACCAAACCUCCACGGAGGCACGCUCCCAAGAAGCCGUCUAAUCAGCAGAAAGAUCCAGUUGGUGUGUACUGUAGGGUGCGCCCUCUGAGUCCGUCUGACCAGGAGUGCUGCAUUGAAGUCAUCAAUGAGACCACCGUGCAACUCCACCAACCAGAUGGCUGUAAAGUCAACAGGAAUGGGGAAUACAAAGAGACUCAGUAUUCAUUUAAAAAAGUUUUUGGAACGCUGCAGACACAAAAAGAUCUGUUUGACUUCGUUGCGAAGCCCUUGGUGGAAGAUCUUAUUCGUGGUAAAAAUGGUCUUCUCUUUACAUAUGGUGUAACGGGAAGUGGAAAGACUUACACAAUGACUGGAUCUCCGGGGCAAGGAGGACUAUUGCCUCGCUGUCUCAGCAUGAUUUUUAACAGCAUUAGCAGGUUUCAGGCCAAGAAAUAUACUUUUAAGACGGAUGAUAAAAACGGCAUUGAAAUUCAGAAUGAGGUGGAUGCCUUAUUGGAGCGGCAGAGGAGAGAGGCUCAAACACAGGUAGCCACCAGGACGCCUAUGAGGCAGAGAAUGGUGGAACCUGAAUUUGCAGACAUGAUAAACAUUGAAGAUAACUGCAAUGUGGAAGAAGUAGAUGAGGAUAGUGUGUAUAGCGUGUUUGUUUCCUACAUUGAAAUCUACAAUAAUUACAUGUAUGAUCUUUUGGAAGAGGCGGCUAUAGAUCCCAUCAGACCAAAAUGGAACACGCCGGGAAAGAAUGUAGAGUUUAUACCGCCACAGUCUAAGAUCCUGAGGGAAGACCAGCACCAUAACAUGUAUGUUGCUGGGUGCACAGAAGUUGAAGUAAAAACUACAGAAGAGGCAUUUGAUGUGUUCUGGAAAGGGCAAAAGAGGAGGAGGAUUGCAAAUACAACAUUGAAUCGUGAGUCCAGCCGCUCCCACAGUGUCUUCAUGAUAAAGUUGGCACAAGCCCCGCUUGAUGCGGACGGGGAUAAUGUGCUGCAGGAAAAGGAGCAGGUUACAGUGAGUCAGCUUUCUCUUGUAGACUUGGCUGGAAGUGAGAGAACAAACCGCACAAAGGCCGAGGGAAACAGACUGCGUGAAGCAGGCAACAUUAACCAGUCACUUAUGACUUUACGAACGUGUAUAGAAAUUCUGCGAGAAAACCAGAUGUGUGGCACAAACAAGAUGGUGCCCUACCGAGACUCCAAGUUAACGCACAUGUUCAAGAACUACUUUGAUGGAGAAGGGAAAGUCCGAAUGAUAGUGUGUGUAAAUCCCAAGGCAGAUGAUCACGAGGAGAGCCUACAAGUUAUGCGGUUUGCUGAGAUGACUCAAGAAGUGGAAAUUGCCAGACCUGUUGACAAACCGAUUUGUGGGCUUACUCCUGGACGCCGCUAUAGGAACCAGGCAUUCAAGGAUGAGCUUAGUCGUAGGCUGGAGGACCGUGGAGGUCCUGUGAAUGGAGAAGUCGAUGAACAGGCCGUCAUUGAGAUGCUCAUUCAAAGCUUUCCUCCUAUUCCAUCCUGUGAGCUGCUGGAUGUUAACGAUGAUAUGACUCUACCCCAAAUUAUCGAGGCCCUGGAGAAACGGCGCAGAAUCCGUCAGAUGAUGGCUGAAGAGUUUAACAAGAGCGUUGUCUCCUUCAGGGGUAUGCUGCACGAACUUAACGGGGUAGUGAAUGCUAAAGACAACCUUGCACAGGGCAGGAUGUCUGAGAAGGAACGGGCAAUAAUGUCUCAGAAAUCGGAGAUAGAGCGGCUUGAGAAGAAAGUCAAAACAUUAGAAUACAAGAUAGAUAUAUUGGAAAAGACGACUACAAUCUACGAGGAGGAAAAGCGCACUUUGCAAAACGAUCUGGAGUCGCAGAGCCAAAAGCUGCAUCGGCAACUGUCGGACAAGAGAAGGUUGGAGUCUCGGAUUAAUGGCAUGGUAGCCGAGAAUGCUGUGAAGUGGGAGAAAGAAUGUGAGCGGCGUGUGGCGGCCAAGCAGAUCGAGAUGCAGAACAAGCUGUGGGUAAAAGAUGAGAAACUAAAGCAGCUGAAAGCCAUCGUAACAGAAUCUAAAGGCGACCGGCCGGAGAGACCAUCCCGCGAGAGGGACCGCGAGCGAGAACCCAAGGUUCCCACCAGAUCUAUCUCUCCAUCACCUGCUCCUCUUCCUGGUACCCCUGUGUCCCAACUUCCACACAGCCAGCUCAACCCUUCUUGGCACAGGCGGUCAAACUCCUGCAGCAGCCUUUCAGUGGCCUCCUGCGUUUCAUUGUGGGAGCAGAAAACGCCACAGCACUACUCCGAGAGCAGGACAGGACCCACCCUCAGGCGGCGGGAGCUAGCGGCAGAAGCUAGGAAUUGUAAUACACCUGAGACAAGAACAGGUUAUGCAGCCAGCAUACAGGCAGAGGAGCAGACUCCCAGGACUGUUCCCCCGGUGCACACGAGGCACCGCCGCUCUCGCUCCGCAGGGGAGAGAUGGGUAGACCAUAAGCCAUCUGGUAGUUUGGAGACCGACACGGUCAUGCAGCCUCAUGUCCCCAAUGCCAUCAAAGUAUCUGUGGCUAGCGAAAAGGCGUUGGCAAAGUGUGACAAGUACAUGCUGACCCACCAGCAGCUGGCCUCGGAUGGGGAGAUGGAAACUAAACUCAUUAAGGGCGACGUCUUCCGGACUCGAGGUGGAGGUCAGUCUGUACAGUUUACAGACAUUGAAACCCUCAGACAGGAAUCGCCUCCUGGAAACGGUCGCAAGAGGAGGUCCUCUGAAACAAAUCGGCCUCCACUGGCAGAGAGCACAGAAUCUGAGUGGACAGAUGUAGAAACCAGAUGCUCCGUUGCUAUGGAGAUGAGAGCCGGAUCUAAUCUGGGGCCCGGGUACCAGCAUCACGCUCUUCCUAAGCGCAGGAAACCUUGAAGAGUUGCAGGAUGACAAUUUUUUGCUGGAAUGGUUCCAAGGACUCUGGAGGGUCAGAUGAAUAUUUUUUGCACCCAACCUGCUGAAUAUCUUGAAGCUGCGACUCCAUCUGACCAACCGAUAUUUACUACCUGAGGACUCCUUUAUGCGAUGAUGCAGCCGGCGGUGCUGCGAUUUUUAUAUACAACCUUUUUCAUGAACUCCUCGUGUCGCCCGCGGGUUAGAGGUGUCCUCCCUAGAGACUCUCCACACUUCUAAAUCCGCCAUGAAAGGGUUUUAUUUUUUAAUCUACAUUUUUUCUUUAUACUGUUAUUUAGGGAUAUUGCUGCUAUUUCUUUUGAAGUGGCAAGAUUGCACUUUACCAAAGCUUUUCCUUCAGAACACUCUCUUUAUUUAAUACGUCUCCCGACUAUUGUACAUAGACGCUCCUCUACUAACACCCGUGAGAGCUGGCAACCGGUUUAUUUCCAGGCUGGUUUUACAGAAUUAAUAAACUUUCAGAAGCUUUCAGAAACUA